AUGGGUUCUGUUGGGACAGCACCGCCGGCCGUCGAAGAGUUGAGAGCGUCAUUGAAGGCCUCGAAAGUGUUGACGGCCGAUUCUGAGGGCUAUGACGAAUCUCUUCAUCGAUGGUCAGAAGCAGCAGAGAAGCGAGCCGCUGUCGUGGUACAAGCGACUUGCGCGGAGGAUGUCUCUAAGGCUCUGCUGUAUGCCCAAGCCCAGGGUCUUGAGGUUGCUGUUGUGGGUGGAGGGCAUUCCACUUCUGGGUCUUCGUCCACAGAAGGGGGUCUGGUGGUUGAUCUGACCAAGAUGCGCCAGGUGACUGUCGACCCUGAGAGACAGACGAUCAAGGCACAGGGAGGCACCGUCUGGGAGGAUGUCGAUCAUGCCGCCGCCAAAUACGGUCUCGCCACCGUUGGAGGUACCGUGAACCACACGGGAGUCGGUGGACUGACCCUUGGCGGCGGUUACGGAUGGCUGACCGGCAAGUAUGGUUUGACCAUCGACAACCUGCUCGAAGCCAAAGUUGUCUUGGCCGAUGGGCGCAUCCUGCAGGCGUCGGAGAAGGAGAACUCUGACUUGUUCUGGGCGUUGCGAGGUGCCGGUCAAAGUUUCGGAGUUGCUACCAGCUUCACUUUCCGCGGAUACAAGCAGGAGAACGCAGUCUGGGGUGGUUUGCUCGUGUUCCCAACGUCAAGCCUUGCAAAGGUGGUUGAGUUCGCGAAUCACGUGGUAACCACGACAGAAGGUCAGAGUGGAAUGGUGGUUGGCAUCGGGGCUCCAGCCCCGGCCCGCCAACCUGCCGUUCUGACGGUGCUCUUUUACAACGGCACAAAGGACGAAGCCGUGCGAUACUAUGCCCCAUUGUUCGAUCUCAAACCAAUCGUGGACAAGACACGCGAGAUGCCAUAUGAGGAGGUCAAUGCCAUGCUCAACACGGUCUCGACUCACGGUGACCGCAAGACCCAAAAAGGAACCGCAUUCACGGUGCCAUUGUCGACCGACCUGGCGCAGCAGAUCUUGGACGAUUAUCUCGACUUCAUCGCCAAGAUUCCCGAUGCAAUCAAGACCAUCAUCUUAUUCGAGUUCUUUUCCCAAAAGGUGGUCAACCAAGUGUCUCAGACUGCCAUGUCCUUCGCCAACCGUGGCGAGCACUACAACAUUCUUUUCAGCGUAAGAUGGGUUGGAGAACUGAAUGAUGCCGCGUGUAGAGAAUGGACCCGGAAUGCGGCUCGCAGAGUGACCGAUGCAGAACAGGCCAAGAGGUCGGGAGAUGGUGUUGGACAAUAUGGGAACUACGACGGCAUUGCCUCUGCAUCAGCCAAAGACAUCUUCGGCGUCAACUUUGAAAGGGUUCUGGCACUGAAGAAACAGUAUGACCCCAAGAAUGUGUUUUUCAAGGGUGCCGGUAAAUUUCCUCUCUUCGGCGGCGACAAAGCGCCUGGCCUUGGCACCCAAUCGAAACCAUAG